UUCCGGUGUGUCACACACACAUGUCCACCUACAUAUAUAUUCUACAUCCUACAUGUCAAACAGGUGACAGAAACUGGCGCUUCGCGAAGGGUAACUGAUGGCUGCUGUGGAUAAGAUCAAAAUCGUCGUUGUAGGAGACUCUGGAGUUGGGAAGACGUCGUUAGUUCAUCUUAUUUGCCACAAUGAAACAACCAGCAAUCCAGGCUGGACCAUCGGAUGUUCUGUAGAGGUCAAGGUACGAGUAUGACCCUGAACAGUUUGCUGGAAACCAGAUCCCCAUUUUAGUAGUGGGAACAAAAGCUGAUGUGGCUCAGAGUCUUCGUGAAAAAGUCCUCACCAAGGCAUCCAGUAUGGCAGAGGAAUGUGGGGCAGAGGAACUCAACCUUAGCUGUCACAAUGUAAAACAUCUGUCACCAGGCUCAACGAAUGCAGUUAAAAUAUCACGAUUCUUUGACAAGGUAAUUGAGAGGCGGUACUACAGUCGAGAUGGUGUUGGCCAGGGACAUGUGACCACGCCCACCAUGGACAGGCGUCGACCAAUGAAAAGUUUCCAUAACGAUUGAUUUGGUGCCAUGUUUUGUAAAUGACUGAUAGAUUUAUUUGAAGUAAUUAAUGCUGUCAUGUCUUCAGUGGGACUCUAUGGGGAUAUGUUGGGUAUUUCUGGUCAGAUUAUUACAUGUGUAUUAAUAUAGGUCUCUGGUGAUAGUAACCAAGGUGAUAGGGUUUUAUUUUCUCAUUGUUCAUCUGAUACAUUUAAGGUAUAACUUGAACAGGUGUCAUUCAAGGUUGGAAGGUGUCAGUUGUCCUUGAUAGUUAAACAACGAAAUACAGUUACUGUAUUACCUAUGUGUCGUAUAUUUUGUAUCCCGAUCACUGGCCACGUAACCUAAGGUAAAGAUCUGAGGUCUGUGGUGUGACCAUCCCUACCUGUAUCAGUUUGUGUUUAUCGGGAAGCUGAGAAACAGACUUGUAUGUGUUGUCAUGGUUUUGUCUUUGAUGAAUGGCAUGCGAUGGGUCUCCCGUAUGUUGUUCAGUACCUAUACUAGAUUUUUAAAAAGUUUUUGACCUAUGUAGUUGACCAUGCAAUAUUGAUUAAAAAAAGCUGGAAGUGUAUAACUUUGA